AUGCGUCGUUACCUCCUUCCCCUCUUCGCCCGUUUCGUCAACUUCGCCACGCGGCUCGUCGACGCGCUCUGCGGUUUUCUCUUCCUCCCGCCGCUCGCGACGCGCCUGCUGCAGUGGCUCCUCCCGUUAGAGGAACGCGCCGUGCUGCGCGCCGCGUACAAGGCCACGGGACUGCGUGACUAUGGCGAGGGGACGUUCCUGACGGGGCUGCGGCUUCUAUUGAAGGGUCUCGAAGAGGAGGCGAGACUGAGCGCGUUUGGGAGGAUUCUUAUAUGGAACGAUGUACAGCGCCUGCUGCGGUACCGGCUGCAUCUGGAGGAUACAAGGAGGCAACACCCCGAGAUAGAGGAGGAGAAGAUUGAGGCCCCGGUGUUCAUAUUGGGUCUGCCGCGCACGGGCACCACCUUCCUCUUCAACCUCCUCGCCCUCGACACUUCUCUCUUCCGCUCGCCGCUCACAUGGGAGGUGCAUCACAUGCACCCUCCCCCGGACGCCGCCUGCUACGAUACUGACAAGCGCAUUGGGGAGACUGAGGCGUUUCUGGAGGGGGUCUCUGCUCUGCUGCCUUCCUUCCAGGCGUUGCACCCAGUGACAGCAACAGGGCCACAGGAGUGCAUGGGACUCAUGAUGUACGAUUUCACGUCAUUCGCCUUCCCCACCAUCCACUUCAACAUCCCUUCCUACUUUCGCUGGUACCUCUCCUCAGACCUCACCCCCACCUACCGCCUCCUGCGCUGGCAGCUGCAGUACCUGCAGUGGCGCGGGCCCAAGGCCCCCCGCUGGCUGCUCAAGUGCCCGGCUCACCUCUUCUCUCUGCCUUCGCUUAUGGCUGCAUUUCCCGAUGCCAAACUCAUCUUCACACACAGCGAUCUCGUGGCCGAUCCGAUGGCCACGGUGCGCCGCAUCUACCAAGAUCUGCUCAAGCGCCAGCUGGACGAUGACGUGGCGGAUAAGAUGCGUGCUUACCUGGCGGCCAACUCCAAGGUAGGAGAAGUGUCCUCGGCACCACUACAAGUGGGAGGCACAAUGCUGGAUAAGCAGCGGGAGGAGCAGUGGCUGUUGUUCCUAUUCUCAUAUCACUCCUACCGUUCUCACUUCUGUUCUGUGUCCUCUCAGGAGAAGCGUCCUCGGCACCACUACAAGUGGGAAGACACAAUGCUGGAUAAGCAGCAGGAGGAGCAGCGCUUUGAAUUCUACAUUCGUGCGUUUGGUCUUGAGAGCGAGCAGUAG